CAGAAAGGCGCCCACACAGCGGGCGCACCAAGCGGGACGCGAGAGUCCCAGAGAGAGACCCCAGGUCCCCGCUGGGCUCCGCUGGCAGAGUUUGCAAGUGGCCGAGACUCCUCAGGCAUUUGAGUUUGAGACCCUGCCCCGGCUCCCUCCAAGGACGAGGGCAGCCUUUGACUUGUGGGCUGCUUCUGUCUCCUGCCCUGCACAUAUCCCUGAGAUCCGGCAUCUCAAAAGGCCUGGCCGCAUUGCUUCAAAAGAGGAAGAGAGAAACAGGUGGCAGCCCUGAGCCCUGAGACUUGACCAGAUGGAAACUCCCCAGCUUCUGUUUCCACGAGGUGGACAUGCCGAGCUUGAUCCCCAGCUGGAUACGAGGCCAGAAAUGGGGCCCACAGUGAAGUAAUGCGGCCCCCACAGGCCCGAGGAGCAGAAACGGAAAGAGAAGGGAGCUGCAGCUACUGUUGACCCUCGGAAUCCCCCUCCAAUUGCUAUUUUCAAAGUUCUUUGGGAAGUCUCUGAAGUGAAGAACAAGAUGUAGGAAAAUGGGACCUGCUUUGGGGUGUCCCGAGCCUCUAAACCCCUUUCUUGACCCAGAAGCUCACCUUGACCUCAGGGAGGGUGGUGGGCUCUCUCCUUUCUCUUGGCCUCAGCCAAAGGCUGGAAUCCCCUCUGCCUCUGGUCGUGGCAGUCACCUUCACAGAGGGGAUAAGACUGAAGACCCCCAGGGGUUCCAUCCUUAAGAGAGGCUUGGGAAACCAAGUCCCCCUCCACCCCUUCCCCGGCCCCCAGCCAAGCCCAGUGGGCCAGUCCGGAAUGAUCCCGCUAUGGCCAAGCUCUGGUUCAAAUUCCAGCGGUACUUCCGCCGGAAACCUGUGCGCUUCUUUACCUUCCUGGUGCUCUACCUGACGGCCGGGAGCCUUGUCUUCUUUCACUCGGGCUUCGUGGGCCAGCCUGCCGUUUCUCAAAACCAGGCCAACCCUGCUGCAGGAGCUCCUGCGGAGGGCGCUGAGCUGCCCUUCUUGGGCGACUUGCAUCUGGGCAGGGGCUUCCGGGACACGGGCGAAGCUCCGAGCAUCACCCGCAGGUAUGGACCCUGGUUCAAGGGCAAGGAUGGAAAUGAGAGAGCCAAACUGGGCGACUACGGUGGAGCCUGGAGCCGAGCCCUCAAGGGAAGGGUUGUCCGGGAGAAGGAGGAGGAGCGAGCCAAGUACAUCGGCUGCUAUCUGGACGACACCCAGAGUCGGGCUCUGCGAGGCAUGUCCUUUUUCGACUACAAAAAGAUGACUGUCUUCCGUUGCCAGGACAACUGUGCGGAACGGGGCUACCUGUAUGCCGGGCUGGAGUUCGGCGCUGAGUGCUACUGCGGCCACAAGAUCCAGGCAACCAACGUUAGCGAGGCCGAGUGCGACAUGGAGUGCAAGGGGGAGCGGAGCAAUGUGUGCGGCGGCGCCAACCGCCUCUCCAUCUACCGACUGCAGCUGGCCCAGGAGUCGGCCCGCAGGUAUGGAAGUGCGGUAUUCCGAGGCUGCUUCCGCAGGCCUGACAACCUCUCCCUGGCCUUGCCUGUGACGGCCGCCAUGCUGAACAUGUCCGUGGACAAGUGCGUGGACUUCUGCACUGGGAAGGAGUACCCACUGGCGGCUCUCGCGGGCACUGCCUGCCACUGCGGCUUUCCCACCACGCGAUUCCCCCUCCACGAGCGAGAGGACGAGCAGCUCUGUGCCCAGAAGUGCAGUGCCGAGGAGUUUGAGAGCUGUGGGACGCCCAGCUACUUCAUCGUAUACCAGACGCAGGUGCAAGACAACCGCUGCAUGGACAGAAGGUUCCUCCCAGCCAAGUCGAAGCAGCUUAUCGCGCUGGCCAGCUUCCCGGGAGCCGGCAACACCUGGGCUCGCCACCUCAUCGAGCUGGCCACCGGUUUCUACACUGGCAGCUACUACUUCGAUGGUUCCCUCUACAACAAAGGCUUUAAAGGUGAGCGUGACCACUGGCGCAGCGGGCGGACCAUCUGCAUCAAGACCCACGAGAGCGGCCAGAAGGAGAUCGAGGCCUUCGAUGCUGCCAUCCUGCUCAUCCGGAACCCCUACAAGGCCCUCAUGGCAGAGUUCAACCGCAAGUAUGGCGGUCACAUUGGCUUUGCUGCCCACGCCCACUGGAAGGGCAAAGAGUGGCCAGAGUUCGUGAGGAACUACGCCCCGUGGUGGGCCACCCACACGCUGGACUGGCUGAAGUUCGGCAAGAAGGUGCUGGUGGUACACUUCGAGGACCUGAAGCAGGACCUCUUCGUCCAGCUGGGCCGGAUGAUCCGCCUGCUGGGCGUGGCCGCCCAUGAGGACCGACUGCUCUGCGUGGAGAGCCAGAAGGACGGCAACUUCAAGCGCUCGGGGCUCCGGAAGCUAGAGUACGACCCCUACACGGCGGACAUGCAGAAAACCAUCUCUGCCUACAUCAAGAUGGUGGAUGCCGCCCUGAAAGGGAGGAACCUCACGGGCGUGCCCGACGACUACUACCCAAGAUGAUGCGUUCGGCGUGGGGGAGGGCGGACGGGCUGGGUCCCGACCAAGCUGGCCCCGGGACUCCAGACCUCCAGCGACCCCCACCCAUCUGCCCUCUCUUUGGUGUGGGGACAUCCCUUUGGCCGGCAUUUGCCAUAAAUGAGUUUCCUGCAUGACAAAGGAGGCUCAAGGAAAGAGAUUGUUCAGGUACUCCCCACAAUAGUGACACCCCCCCCCCCGGAGAUGUGGCGCAACUGGUUUGGGGAUCUCCAGCCACAUGGACCCUUUUCUGUCCCCAACAUCCUUUCCGCCACCUCUUGCACCACCUUGGGCUCCACUUCUGGGAGGGAGGACUUCUCGGUGUCAUGGAACAUGCUGGGUACCCACAGCAGGUUUUGAGGACCUUGGUGACAGAGCUAACGGCCAUAGUAGAAAAAGUGGCCCCUCCCUUCUGGGCUGAGCUUUGGUAGCCUCCCCUUCUCUACCCAGCUGACCCCAGCUUGGGCAGCAGAAAGCACUGGUGUUGAGCUUUAUCUCAGGCCACCUUUUGUUUUGAAGAAAGUGCUGGAAAGUCUCUUUAUGGCCAUAGGUUCCUGGCAUUCUGGGCAGGGUGGGGAGGCACUGUCUCUGGAGUCACUGGGGUCAUGAGCCCAAUAGCAAGUCACACUCCUUCUGAGAGACAGUCUGGUUGCCAAGAGGGCUAGAAUCCUUCCCUUUUCUUCCCCCACUGUAUCCAGGAGGUGACUCUGGGGUCCUUGAUCCCACUUCCAAGGUUUCUCAGGCACCAGCAGGCCACUUAACUCACCAGGAUGGCCACAUGCCAUGUGCAGCAGAGUUUGAGGAAGAGCGAGAGCCCCAGUAAUACAUCUCUCUAUCAUGGGGUCCAACUCACUGAUCUUACACUGCCUGUCUGACCUCUACCAAUGAGCCCUUUGCUGUCUAGAUGAGAGGGCAAGAGUGCUCCAAAUCAGGUAGAACCACAUCCAAAUGAGACCCUGCUACCUUCCCAGGCCAUCAACCUCCCCUUAAUAAUAGUACAACUAGGCCAGCUUCCCCUGGGGGACCUUUAAGAAAUGGGGUGAAUGGGAGGGCUCAUCAUUCUCAUACAAACACUGCUCUCUUCAUACUGAGACGCCAAACCAAAGGCUUCCCGAAGACCUGAGUCACUGAUCAUCCAUCUUACAAAGCCUUGAUCCAGGAUACCAUCUCCUCCCCCACCUUGGAUACCAGUGGCUUCCCAUCCGGCCCACGCCUGUGCAUCACAUCUCUCCCCUCACCAUGGAGAUGCAAAAGCCAUAGGUCACAGCCUCUUUGCUCUUCUGUCUGGAGCAGCCUCCCCAAGGGUCUCCUCUGGAGCCUUGGGGUGCACGUGUAUGCUCAUUCCCAAAGAGCAGAGAGAUUAUGGAGGAGGCGAGUGUAAAGAGAUAUAUUUUUUUAAGAGGAAUAUGACUAAUACAUUCCACUCCUUGGAAUCUGGCCAUGCAGAGGGAAGGGCAUGGGGGGUGGACCUGUGGUUCCCUCCUCUGUGGGACUUGGGCCACCCCACGGCCUAGCCAGGGGGCUCCGAAUGUAUUUUGUACCGUGUUUCUUCCCCCAGGCUUAAUUUCUAGUCUUUCUUUAGCGAAGCAGUAGAGGGCCGGGCCUCCCCUCCCAUUGGAGGACAGCCCUCUCUGGGAGACUCUUGGUCCAAGACCUGGGCCAUUUCUUUUGCUGGUGGUCACCUCAGGCCACAGCCUCUGUCUGAAGAUUCCUCAGGUCAACACCAUCAUUAAAUGCGAGUUUUUGUUGAUAAUUCUACCACGUGGCAGAGUGUUGUGUAAGGUGACUACACAAGUGAGAUGUUUCUCUGGAGUGUGUGUGUGUGUGGGAGAGAGAAUGUUC